ACUCGUGCGCCCAUGCCGGUGAACAAAAAUGUAGCUUACUUCCUGUGAACCCCAAACACGUGUGCUACGCUCAGGUCUUCAGCUGCUGUGUCUACGACGCUGGUGUUUCAUCGCUAGCUACUGUAGCUACAUUCUGAUACAAUUCAAUAAGCUAUCGUUGUAUUAUGGAAGAAAAGUAGCAGUAGGGAGGCAUACUUUUCUGUAAACGUAAAAUAGCUUUCUUGCAUCGCAAAGCUGUAUCCAAAAAGUAACUUUAAUUAGACUAGUUAGCAAAUUAUCGAGCCAGCUAGUCUAAUUUAUUUUGUUAAGGGAAAGGAGCUGAUUUUGUCAGCGCCACAAUGUUCGCUGAUUUGGAUUUAAUCGGAACAAUCCAAGACGACGACGAUGUACCAGAGGAGCCCGAUUCGGAGUCUGAAGGCGAAGGCGAGAAGCCCAUUGUUCUGGGACGGAAGCGCAAAGCCAGGCAGGGAGGCAGCGGGGACUUCAGUGCGGAUUUCAAUUUUGGGGAGCGGGACGGGCUGUACAGCGAGGACUGGGCCAUGGCUGACGUGAUGGCCCAGCUGAAGAAGAGGAAAGCCCCCACCACACUGGACGAGAAGAUUGAGAAAGUGCGGAAGAAGCGCAGGACAGAGGAUAAAGCACUGAAAGGGAGCAAUGUGGUGGAAGACUCUCUAACCGAUGGGAAGGUUGGAAAGGAGGAAGAAGAGAAAUGUGAAGAAGAAGAAGAUGAUGAUGAUGAAGGUGCAGAGGAGGAAGCUGCGGAAGAGGCAGAAGCCAACAGUGAGGCAUCAGAAGGGGACAGUGAGGAAGAGGAGGAUGGAUUUUCCUCAGCUGAAGAAGAGAUUCUCACCAAAGCAGAUACAGUCAGAGAGAAGGAUCGCCGGAGAAAGAAGAAAAAUGGAGAUGAGCCACCUGAAGCCUUUUAUGAAGAUGCAUCCAACUACGAUGAGAGCCUAACGUUUCAGGACAUGAACCUGUCCAGGCCCCUGCUGAAGGCCAUUACAACCAUGGGCUUCAAGCAGCCCACCCCCAUCCAGAAGGCCUGCGUCCCCGUGGGGCUGCUGGGGAAGGACAUCUGUGCCUGCGCUGCCACUGGCACAGGAAAGACUGCCGCCUUCAUGCUCCCUGUUCUGGAACGGCUCAUCUACAAGCCGCGGCAGGCCCAGGUGACCCGCGUCCUGGUUCUGGUACCGACCCGUGAGCUGGGUAUCCAGGUGCAUGCGGUGGCUCGCCAGCUGGCCCAGUUCACCAGCAUCACCACCUGCCUGGCUGUGGGUGGUUUGGACCUGAAGACCCAGGAGGCGGCCUUGCGCGCGGGGCCCGACGUCCUCAUCGCCACGCCCGGCCGGCUCAUUGACCACCUGCACAACACGCCCUCCUUCGAGCUCAGCCAGGUGGAGAUCCUCAUUCUGGACGAGGCCGAUCGGAUGCUGGAUGAGUACUUUGAGGAGCAGAUGAAGGAGAUCAUUCGGCUGUGUGCUUACCAGCGUCAGACCAUGCUGUUUUCCGCCACCAUGAGCGAGGAGGUGAAAGACCUGGCCUCCGUCUCCCUGAAGCAGCCCGUGCGGAUCUUCGUGAACAGCAACACGGACGUGGCGCCCUACCUCAGGCAGGAGUUCGUGCGGAUCCGCCCCGCCCGGGAGGGCGACCGCGAGGCCAUCGUCGCCGCCCUGUUGACCAGGACCUUCCAGGACCACGUGAUGCUGUUCACCCAGACUAAGAAGCAGGCCCACCGCAUGCACAUCCUCCUGGGGCUGAUGGGACUGAAGGUGGGGGAGCUGCACGGGAACCUGUCGCAGACGCAGAGGCUGGAGAGCCUCAGGCGUUUCAAGGACGAACAGAUCGACAUCCUGGUGGCUACAGACGUGGCAGCCAGAGGCCUGGACAUCGACGGGGUCAAGACGGUGAUAAACUUCACCAUGCCGAACACGGUGAAGCACUACGUGCACCGGGUGGGCCGCACGGCUCGCGCCGGCAAGGUGGGGCGCUCGGUGUCGCUGGUGGGCGAGACGGAGAGGAAGAUGCUGAAGGACAUCGUCAGAAAGGCCAAGACCCCCGUCAAGGCGCGCAUGCUGCCGCAGGAGGUGAUCCUGAAGUUCCGGGACCGGAUCGAGAGGCUGGAGAAGGACGUCUACGCCGUGAUGCGCCUGGAGAGGGAGGAGAGAGAGAUGGCGCACUCCGAAGCCCAGAUCAGCUCCGCGGAGAAACGCCUGCAGCAGAGCAGCGAAGAGCAGGAGAUGAAGAGGACCUGGUUCCAGACCCACGAGGAACGCAAGAAGGACCGCAUGGCGAAAGCUCUCCAGGACUUUGAUUUGGCUCUGAGGGGGAAGAAGAAAAGGGCGAAGUUUCUGAAGGAUGGGAAGAAGAAAGAACUAUCGGCAGACGAUCGGGCACAGUUUGAGAUCCUUAAAUCUCAGAUGUACGCCGAGCGGGUGGCCAAACGAGACCGCAAGCCCAAGCGGGCCCGGGUCAUGCCCGAGGACGAGCCCGUGCAGAAAGAUAAGAAGCAGAAGGGAAGGUCGUCUGGAAAGAAGUCUGUGUUCGACAGGGAGCUGACCAACACCAGCAAGAAAGCCCUGAAGCAGUACCGAGCCGGGCCUUCGUUUGAAGACAAGAAGAGGCUGGGGAUUCCCACCAACAAGAAGGGAGGCCGUUUCAAGUCCAAAGCCAAGUUCAGGAGGAAGUAAGAAUCUUGGGACGGCAAGGAAGGGGAAUAUGUCAAAAGCAAUGUUUCAGCUGGCUGUCCCAGUGGGACAGGGGUGGGCACCUGUCUGAAAAAGUCUGUUCUGUUUCUGAAAUGUUUUGAUUAAAUUGAAAAGAACAAAA